AUGAUCCGCCAUCAGCUUAAUCCUCUCCUUCGUCUUCUCCACCGCGUCGUCAUCGGCCUCCUCAGUCUUGGCCUUCCACGCCUCCCAGGACCGCUUCAUGUUCUCCUCCAUCCUCUUGUGCUCCACCGCCUGCGCCUUCUCGGCGUCGUACCCGGCCCCCAGCGCGCCUGCCGCGAUCAUCGCCGCCGCCUUGCGGCUGGGCACGAUCACGGCCUCAGGGUUUGCCGCGUUGGGGUCCUUGGCCAGCUCCUUGCGCAGCGCGUCCAGCUGCGCCCGGUUCUCCUUCAGCGUCUCCUGCGCCGUCUUCACCGCCUCCUCACGCUCCGCCAGCUGCGUCUCCAGCCCGUCCAGGCAAUGCUCCGUCGGGUGCGACAGAGGGUUCUGCCCCUCGCGCAGCUGCGCAAACAGCUCCGUCUUCCUCCACAGCAUCGUCAGCGCCAGCAGCGGCAAGAACGACGCGAUCACGCCCAGCUUGACUGCGAGCGGCCCCAGCCAGUGCGGCCGCGUGCGCUCGACCAGCAGCACCAGCAGCACCAGCCCCAGGAACAGCACGGUCGGGUCCGGCAGACGCGACGCCAGCGCCGCCGCCUUCUCCACCAGUGGCAUGUACUUGGCCAUUGCCUUCUGCAGCGGCGACUUCUCGCGCUUGCGCCGCGCCGUCUCGGCCGCCUUCUCCUCCUCUGUCAGCUUCUUGGGGAAGAGCUUCUGCAGCAGCGCAGCGAUGGGCGACGGCUUGGGGUCGUCCGGCGCGCGGCGGAAGCGGAUGACGGAGCGCUCGUGCAUCGUCUCGUCUUCGACCUCGGCGCCUAG